GUUCAGACUGCAGUUACUCCACCCCAAAGUGGGUGGCGCUAUUAGUCAAACACCUCUGGUCCUGCACGGGAAUACACCACGGAAGAAACACAGCGCAGUUCACUGGUUCCGCACAUAGGGAAACAGCCGAUGCGGUCCAAUAGCCCCCAUCGAUCCGCCUGUUAGCUGGCACGCGAUUCGGCCGCGCGGGUUUUACAGGCGGCCUGAGCACUGAAGGCGGUGAGACGGCGUUCUGAACCGCGGACUAUGAGACGGGUGUGAAUGCGCCGACAGCCUGCGCGUGUUGUGGUGAUGGAGAACAUGGAGGAGUCUUCGCCCCUCCGGAUCACCCCGACCGUCCGGGCGCUGAGCUCCGCACUGCGGGGGAAGCGGGAACAGGUCCCCGACUGCGGGCAGCUGGACGGCGAGAGAAUCUCCCCUGACCCGGAGAAGCUUUGGUUCAAGGAGAGCAGCGCUAAAAACCUGCGCAACAGAGACUUCUUGUCCCCGACCACGAUGCUGAACACGCUGUAUGCGGGCGGCCAGGUCCCUCCAUCAGUGAUGUCCAGAGUACUGAGCCUCCGUGGCAGUGGGAUUCUCCCUGUGGCUGCUGGGGAGGUGAUGGGUGAGGGGCUGAGGGUGAGGGUGGACCGGCCCGCAGCCUUCAAGGCUGUCCUGGCAGACGGAGCCACGGAGUACCGGAAGCCCUCAGGCCGGAGACAAGGCUGUUUGGUGCUCAACUGCCCCGCGCUGCAUCCAAAACCCAACACACCCACCCCUGAUACCCUGACUCUGGGCCAGCUGAGGACUAUUCUGUUGGCUGACCACAUGGGGGCGCUGCUGAGGAGGCAGGGAUUUGCAGUGUCCUAUUGCCCCACGCUUCCCGAAGACAGCGACCUCAUUGCCUUCCUCCAAUCCCUGGGCAUUGAUUGGCCGACGACACCGGCCAACUGGACCAACGAGGAACGAGAGGAAAAGAUCCAGGAGGCUCUGGAGAGCUCCCCGUAUAGAGAGAGGGAUACGCAGAGAGGCAGGAGGCCCAGCGGAGGGGGAGGGAGGAAGGCGGAGGCGGAGGGGGAGGGGGAGAAUGAGGAAGCUCUCAGGGUCAACCUGAAACGUGUGUUCCAGGAGGAGGGGCUGCUGGGAUACGACCCCAGCCUCGGUACCUGCGUAGUAAACAGAGACAGUGUUUCUCACUUGGCCCAACUGGAACUAGCCACUGCCAACUGCACAGUAGCCACGGCAACAGCGUUACAUGUGACUUCCUGCCAAGAUGAGUUCCGUCAGCAGCAGAUCGCAGUGCUGUGGAGAGCAAGUGGAGCAACACACACACAGAGACAUCUGGUGUGUGGGCCUGUGAAGACUCCUGGCUCUCACCUCACGGCUGCACAAUAUCUGCAACUGAGAAGAGGUCAGAUGAAGGAGGCCUCAGAGAUGAAGUAUGGAGAUCAGGUAGAAGGUCAGACAUGGGAUGACAUCAUCCGGGUCAUGACCUCUGCCACGGUCCGAUUUGAGUUGCUGUCGACGGUCCACACCAGUCCCGUGACACUGGACGUGCAGCGAGAAGGGGGCGUGUCCACCAAGGGGCCGAGGGGAGGCGUGUUUGUCAUGUAUAACUGUGCCAGGCUGCACACUCUGUUUGACAGCUACGAGAGAGGAGUGGAGAAGGGUUUAUACCCUGAAAUCCCUGAAUGCUCCCAGCUAGACUUCACCGCUCUGAAAGAAGAGGGCGAGUGGCUUCUCCUGUUCAAUUACCUCAUUCCCUUCUCCGAGCAGCUGGACCAAUCAGGACAAGCGUUGGACUGUGAAGGGGGUGGAGCCAGAGUCAACAUUAAGACUGAACAGAUCUGUAAAUUUCUGGUGUCUCUCAGUAAAGACUUCAGCUCGUACUACAACAGAGUCCAUGUGCUGGGGGAGCCGUUGCCUCACCUCUUCAACCAGAUGUUUUGUCGUCUGCAUCUGUUGGGCGCGCUGCGAGAGCUUUACCACUGCGCCCUGGACACCCUGAACCUUCCCCCCAUCCGGCAGCUAUAGCUUAGUCCCGACUCAGCCGCCCCGUGAUCACUACUUCCACACACAGUCACCUGUGUCUAGCACUCGUCGCUUCAUCUCCUACAUGUUUCUCAGCUAAGGCAGUCAGCUUUCCCCUCAUUUUUGUUGAACUAUUUGUGACCUGCGAUCUGCUCCAUGGAGAUUGCAAGAAGUGAAGAAAGAAGGUAGAAAGAUAGCUUCAAAGAUGGGAUGUAUUUUUCUGUUUACGUCCUGCCAGAUCAUUUUCAAUUCUUCUCUAAUAGGCACAAACAAUCCACAUAAGUGAACCAACUUUCUAAAUUGCAACAUUAUUAUCGCAGCCACACACACACACACACACACUUUUUAUUGCUAAAGGCCUCUUUGCAACACAAACAUCUUGGUCACUGCCUGAAGAAAGUGUUUUGGUUAAUAAGCCUUGCGUAUGUGCGCUCCCAUUUCAUGUAUGUAACCCUUCUUGUAUUUAUCAAUUCCACACAGAUAUUUAUUGUCGUUUGAAAAAAACAAACAAAAAAAAGGUGCAUAAUAUAUAUAUAUAUUGCCUAUCUGAGUCUUAAUGGCGGUAUUCCUACAAUUAUUCAGGCCCUCCAAUCCCACUUAUCCUGCGUGACAAAUCACCAAUGUUCACUGUCAACCAACCAUGUACCAGCUAUAACAGGUGUUCAUAAGUUACUUACAGAAGCAGUGCAUUAGCAGCAUUAGGGCAUUGUGCCAUAAAGUUAGGAAAUGCAUGAAAUGGCAUGACAAAUAUAUAUAUAUAUAUAUAUAUAUAUAUGAAGAGUUUUAUGCCAAAAAGAAUUAUUUAUACAUUUUGGUAAUGACCUAUAAGUGAUCCUUAAAAUGUGUUCCCAUUUCGUCUGUCUGUUGAAAUGUGCCAUAGCUUUAUUUAACUCUCUAUGACAUUAUUUUGUAAGUUGGUGUUUUUUCUUUUUAGGUGAAUAUGUCAUGUUGGAACAAAACAAUCAGUGUACACGAGUAUCGAAUGUACUCACUCAACGAUGCUCAAUAGACCUUAUGGACUGUUACGUGUGACUUUCUAUGGGAAUGGGAUGUUAAAAAUAUUCUGAUCAUUUACAGUGACUGUAAUUAUCACAGUAUUAAAGCAGGAGGAUGCACAAUGAGGGGUUUUCUUACCUUAAAGUGUUUGUUGCCUCACUGUUAAUGUAAACACAUGUACUGCGCGUCACGUGUUUCUCUGGAUGCCGUGUUUAAACCCCCAUGGCCUCACAGCGCUGACCUUCUUCCCCCGCCUCUUGUUCUCUUCACCCUCAUCUUUGCCACCCUUACUCCUUUCCUUCUGCUUAGAGCUCUUCCGUCCCUUUAUCCCCUACUGUAUUAUGUACUCGCAUUCAGGGCGUAAGCCGGCCUGUCCUACUUUUAGUGCCACUAGAUUUGGAAGUUCAAGUAGCUUCUUAUCCGUUUUCUUCAUGGUCCUGAUGUAAUUGUUAAUAAAAAGACAACUCGAAUGCUUUUAACUGGAGCAAAAAUAAUGCCUCUUAAAGAGAUAAUGAAUUAGUCAUCCGAUAAAGCCUUGGGGCAGAUGUCAGUUUGGCAUCAGCUGACAGCAUUUACUGCUCAAGGUCACAGAACAUUCCUUCCUGUCCCUAAGUGUCUUCAUUUGCCUUUGCCCGUGUAUUCGUCACCCCUCUGAAUGUAAAUAUUAACGUUAACUCUCCGACACAUCUGUCUGCCUGCGGUUUCUGUGUCUGUCCUCUCCGCGGAAUAAUACAAAAUAAAACACAACAGAC